GAUUGGGGAAGAGUAACCGCUAAGCUGAAAACGGGGGUUUAUUAUUUUAAUAGUUAUAAUGUUUUUCUCUGAUUCGAUUUUCUCUUUCUAUUUUUUUUUUUUUUCGUAAAGAUCUUCUCUCCCUGUCUCUCUCUCUAGUCUCCCCCUUUGCUUCUUCAAAGCUCCAAAACGAAUCUGGAGAAGAUAGAAGAAAACAAAAAAUAAUCAGUUAAUGAUUCUCACGUCCCACCAUCCAAUGCCCUUUCUUCAAUCCAACUCUUCUGAAAUAUUCAAAUCCAAACUCUCAUCAACUUUGUAAAUUUCUCUGAAAAAUCAUCGCUCUUGACAUUUCUGGAAUUUUUUAAAGUAUUUUCCUUCAACUGGGUUUUCAUUCAGACGACCUUUUCUUUGCCAGCCAUGACGGAAAUACUCUGUUCCCCAUCUCAUUUUCCUUCUUCUCCAAGCUCUUUAUCAUGUUUGCCCACAAGAAAUGGUAGUUCACAGUCGACCCUUUCUCGUUCUCGUUCUCGUUCACGCUCCCAUUCCCGCACUCAGUCUCUUAUUAGCAAUUCUACCUCAUCUCCUGUAGUUGAGGUUGAGGCUAACCAAGUCUACUGCUCAAACGAAGAAGAAGAAGAAGAGGGAGAUCAACUGUCUCUAUUGGCUCUUUUGGUUACUGUAUUUAGGAAGCCUCUGGUGGCUUGUAGGACUACUGGGAGGGAAGAACUUUGCUCAAUGGAGAUCGGAUGGCCGACCAACGUGCGCCAUGUUGCCCAUGUCACAUUUGACCGUUUUGAUGGCUUCCUCGGCUUGCCUGAUGAGUUCGAACCUGAAGUUCCCAGGAGAUCUCCCAGUGCCAGUCAAAAUGUUUUUGGAGUUUCCACAGAAUCGAUGCAGAUGUCUUUUGACUCUAGAGGGAACAGUGUGCCAACAAUACUUCUGCUGAUGCAAAAACGCUUGUAUGCUCAGGGAGGUCUGCAGGCUGAAGGGAUUUUCAGAAUUGCUGCAGACAACAGUCAAGAGGAAUAUGUUAGGGACCAACUGAACCGGGGAAUUGUGCCAGAUGGGAUUGAUGUCCACUGCUUGGCAGGUCUUAUUAAGGCUUGGUUUAGACAACUUCCAACUGGGGUGCUGGAUUCUCUCUCAACUGAGCAAGUAAUGCAAUGCCAGUCAGAAGAGGAAUUUGCUCAGCUUGUCAGACUCCUUCCCCCAACAGAAGCUGCUUUGCUGGAUUGGGCUAUCAACCUGAUGGCUGAUGUUGUCCAUGAGGAACACCUAAACAAGAUGAAUGCCCAAAAUGUUGCAACAGUCUUUGCCCCAAACAUGACUCAGAUGGUAGAUCCUUUGACUGCAUUGAUGUAUGCAGUGCAAGUGAUGAACCUCCUCAAGACACUGAUCAUCAAGACACUCAAAGAAAGAGGGGACUCAGUUGUGGAGACAGAUUCUGAUUCCCACCUAGAGCCAUCUGAUGAGAAUGGCCAUCAGAGCCCGUCACAGCUUUGCCUGGGAGGCCCAAACUCACUGAAAGAAGACACACAGAAUAUCUUCAGUGAUGAUGAACCUGAUUUUGCAACUCCCCCAGACUCUCCUGAAGAGGAUUCAAGAACCAAUGGUGGAGUCUGUAGUCUUCAAACAACUGUUGACAAGUUCACUCCAGAUAGAAAUGGAUCUUCUGUUGAUUGCAACUGCGAGGUUCCAGGCCAACUUGAAUGGACAAAUAAACAAGAGACAGGUGAAUUUAAUGAUCUAAAGGCUGGGUUGCAAGCAAUUACUUGCAAGAAAGUAACUGUCGAUUCAAGUGCUUCAAGUUUCAGAAAAGGGUCCAUUAGGUUGAAUGAGAAGUCAAAAGGCAUGAGCAUUAUCAGCCACAUAAAUUCAAUGACAGAGCGGAUUGAAGCCUGGCGAUGAAGGUUUAAAUCCAACUGAGAAGUCCACUUGAGAUCAAGAGAGCUUUCUUGAGCUUGCAUACCAAGUUAGGAUUCUUAGGAAAAGAGAAGCCUGGAGUUGGAGGAGGCUGAAUGAAAAUCUUUGAACUCCCUGGAGAAAGGUAACCAAUGCAAUAAUUGUUUGCAACUCCAUGCAAAGAAUUUUAUUGACUCCUUAUUCUUGGAGAGAGCAAUUGAGCAUUCUUUAUACUUCAACUCCAAGUUUAAAUAGGCUAGUUCUCCAAUGAUGUUUAUUGAGAUUUUAAACUAGGCUUGAAGACUUCACCAAACAAACUUGAGGUUUGAAAAAUUGAAAUUUGAAAAUUAGAGAGUUAUUGAAAACUUUUUAUUCUUGAAAA